GCCAGCCGGCGUUCCGGCGUUCAAAUCACGAAGAGCCGCAAGAUCGGCCCGCGCUGAGAGCGUUCGCGAGAACGGUACCGCAUCGAAUCUAAGAUCGUGGUAUCUCAAUUGACUUGUAUACGCGCUGAUCUCGCGUGAGAGAUCAGUGACUUUCGGAUCAUCGUGACACGAUUUUCAAGACAUUCGAUCUGAGAAACGAUCGGACUUCGAGUUACUGAAGCUUAAAAAUCGCGAAACGUUUAACAGAUCGUGAAGGAACACGUAAAAGAACUUUGAUUCCGUCUUAUGGAUCUUGCGAGAGAAUAACGUUGGUGUCGACAUCAAUCUACGAUCCGAUCAGUGCUUAUAGGGUCCCAAUCGCAAAGCUCCUAUUCGUUUGCAAUUCCUCCCCACGUCACGAACGACGUUAAGACGCUCUAAUUUAAACGUUCGUGAAAAAAUUGAGUUUAAAGGAUUCUUUACCCAAGGAUCUACAUCGGUGGACAAGUGAAUCGGAUCCACAAAGGAUUGAACGACGAUGUAUGGUUUAUACAGAGCGUGGUUCGGUGGCGGUGCCACCGGCACCAGCUACCCUUGUCUUCAGGACACGUUCUCGCCGCCCGACACGGUGGUGCGAGUCGGUAACGAGGGCGAGCACCAAUUUGUCGCGCACAAGGGUGUCCUCGCGGCUCACAGUGGAUACCUGAAGGCCCUGCUUGCGAGCGCGGCGACGACGACGGCGACGACGUCGUCGACGAACUCACCCUUCGACCCUGCCUGCGCGACCGUCGCCGUCACGGCGACCAACGAACAGUCGCAGCGACCGGUCACCUCCGUGUCGGUCUCGUCCAUCGGUGGAGAAGCGUUCGCGCCGUUGCUCAACUAUAUGUACACCGGACGGUUGGAGGUGACGCUGGACAACGUUUACAGCGUGCUGCUGGCGACGCAUUUGUUGCACAUGCCGGGUGCAUUGGAGCAGUGCAGGGCCGCACUGCUGAGGCUGAGGGCACCGCCGUCUUUGCCGACGCCGCCGAUGCCGACGUCUGUGUCGACGACGACCGGGUCGACCGCCGGCAGCAUCCUACGACCUAUACCGAGCAGGCUGGUAGUAGGCCCACCGCUCUGCUGGCCCCCGACGACCCCGCUCGCGUACCCACCGGCCGCGCCGGCACCGACUGCCAUGUCGCAUCUGCCGCCAUCGAUGCAACCGUUGAUGCAACCGACCAUACCACCCGGAAUCAGCGUUAUCGCGCCCAGAGAGAAGCAGGAGCAGUGCACGCAUUACAGCUCUGGCGAGGUGUCGAAGUCGCCGCGGUCCUCGCCGUCCAUGGCGCACCACAAACGUCCGAGAUUGAACUCCAACAGAUCGAGAACACCGGAGAUCGUGUCUACCGUGUCCACCCUGCCGUUCGUGGCCGCGGCCGCGGCCGCGUUCACCGCGUUUGCCGUGACCAGCAGCACGGCGAGUUCUGCGACGAGAGCACCGUCGCCGUCGCGCUCGAUCUCGCCGGCUCCCUCCUCCGUUUCGCGGACGCACUCGCCCAUGCACCAUAACAGCGACAGAUCGACAGAACGUGAGGCUCAACGAGGAGAAGAGAUCGAGGAUCGUUCCGCUAGAUCAUCUAACGAUCAACCACGCAAACCGUGUGUAAUAACAUCCGCCGACAGCAGAGCAUCAAAUCGCAACCGCGGUAGCAACGACAGCAAUGAUAACGAGAAUACGGCCGCGAUAUCGGAGCAUGACCGAGCACGUUCGUCUCGUCGCCGAGCCCGAGUCUCGGGCGCGAAGGAGGCUUCCAGUACGAGUACCGUCUUUUCCGUGGUAUACGACAUCGCGUGCUGCGACGGACCGGUGCGUUUUCACCGUGUUUUGAACGAGAAUUAUUCGGCGACGUCGCACGGACCACACGGUGCGCCGACACGUCCGCCGAGGAGUUGCCAGCUGCCGGAGGGCGAGGAUCCGUCGAGCGAGAACGACGAGAACGGCGGACCGGCGACGCGAGGAGGUGACCACGCGCGUAGCCCCAACAAUGACUCGAGCAACGACGGCAGCAACAACAGCAACAACGGCGGCUGCUACACCUGCGACUACUGCAAACACACCUUCAAGUCGCAGUACUGCUACAGGAAGCACGCCAAACGGCAUUUGUUGCCGACGAGGAUCAACGAGGCGACUGGCAGCAGCGACGAUGGCGGCGGCGGCGGCAGGGAGAGCGUUAAUCACGGGUCGCGACAAGAUGCCGCACGCGGAAAUAGACGGGAGGUCAGAUUGCUGGAUCUAAACGUGCAGUACUAUCCCUGCAAGAUCUGCGGCUGCAAGUUCCCCAGUUACUAUUUCGUGCACAAGCACCGGAAACUCUGCCACGCGAAUGACGAGGAGAGACAAAGCACCACGGAUGGAGCGAAUGCGUCGAGUCGUGACGCGGACGCGUCAUCCACCCAGGAUGCUUCGUGAAACAAAGAGACACGGCUCCCUUUCGCUCUUUCUCGCUAGAUUUUUCCUUCAUCUAUUCCCAACAUCAAGACCCAUGGAAAAGAAAAAGAGAUUCCCCGCUCGAGAACAAGAGAAAAGACACUUCACAGAUGGAACGUAAAGUACCUAUCGAUAUUUGCGCACGUGUCGAAUUUAAUUGCAAAUAAAAUAGAUCGGCAAUCAAAUCAAACUAUUGUAGAA